CAACAAGUUAUCAUCGUAGGAAUUCAAACCAACCAAUCACAUUUGAAAAAUUCAAAUAUUGACAUUUGACAAAUGCGCUUUGUUUUCGUUAUGUCAAAUUUUGAUGCCAAAACUGAGCUGAGAGCACCAUUCUAUUGAAAACGCUUUGCAAAUUGGAAAAUUGUGAUCGUCUUUUUAAACUUUAUGGCUCGUUUUUUAAUGUAAGCUUUAAUGGAUUUAGACAGCAGAAAUUUUGAAUUUUAUUGAAUUUCGUUCGAAAGUUGGAUUUGGUUGAGAAAAUAUGUCCGAUAUAAAGAGUAUGUUUGCUAAAAUGAAUCCUCAGUCUCAACAGAAUGGAGGUGAUGGUGACAAGGCUGAAGGCAGUGCUCAGCCGGCACCAAAACCGAAAAAGGCUCAAACUAUUGAGAAAAUGUAUCAGAAAAAAUCCCAACUGGAGCAUAUUCUGUUGCGUCCAGACACAUAUAUAGGAUCUGUGGAAAAAACCACUGACAUGAUGUGGAUUUAUAACGAUGAAACUAAAAAAAUGGAGCAGAAACAGAUCGAAUAUGUUCCUGGUCUUUAUAAAAUUUUUGAUGAAAUAUUGGUCAAUGCUGCUGAUAAUAAGCAGAGAGAUCCAAAAAUGGAUUGCAUAAAAAUUGAAAUCAAUGCUGCCACAAAUACCAUAUCUGUUUACAACAAUGGACACGGAAUACCGGUAGUGAUGCACAAAGAUGAAAAUAUGUUUGUACCCACGAUGAUAUUCGGACAUCUCUUGACAUCCUCGAAUUAUAAUGACGAGGAGGAAAAAGUAACCGGUGGUAGAAACGGUUACGGUGCAAAAUUGUGUAAUAUAUUCAGUACAAAAUUCACAGUAGAAACAGCCAGUAAAGAAUUUAAAAAACAGUUUAAACAGACCUGGGGAAGUAAUAUGACGAAAGCAUCGGACCCCAAGAUCAGAGACUUCUCAGGGGAGGAAUUUACGAAAAUAACAUUUUGUCCAGAUUUAGAAAAAUUCAAAAUGACUGAAUUAGACUCGGGUCUUGUGGGAUUACUCUCGAGAAGAGCUUUUGAUGUUGCGGCAUCAACAAGGGGGGUUAAAGUGUUCUUGAACGGAACCAGAGUACCAGUUAAGAAUUUCAAAGAUUAUAUUGACCUCUUUGUUAAAGAUAAAGAAGAUGACGCAGGAAACCCAUUGAAAAUUGUUUAUGAGCAAGCUGGAGAAAGAUGGGAGGUGGGAUUAACCAUAUCAGAUAAGGGUUUCCAACAGAUGUCCUUUGUAAAUAGUAUAGCCACAACGAAAGGUGGCAAACAUGUAGACUAUGUUGCAGAUAUGAUAACCAAGCAGUUGAUAGAGGUAUUGAAGAAGAAAAAUAAAGGCGGUGUGACUAUAAAACCUUUCCAAGUGAAGAAUCACAUGUGGCUCUUUAUAAACUGUCUUAUCGUCAAUCCGACAUUCGAUUCACAAACAAAAGAAAACAUGACUCUACAGAGUAAAAAUUUUGGAUCUAAGUGUAAUCUGUCGGAAAAAUUCAUCAAUGCAGUUAUCAAAUCUGGAAUAAUUGAACAGGUACUCAGUUGGGCUAAAUUCAAGGCACAAAACGAGUUACAAAAAAAAAGCGCAGGUAAAAAACAAUCGAAAUUAAAAGGUAUACCCAAGUUGGAAGAUGCCAAUGAAGCGGGCACAAAAAAUGCCCUGAAGUGCACAUUGAUCUUGACUGAAGGAGACUCAGCCAAAUCUUUGGCUGUGUCGGGCUUGGGAGUUAUAGGGAGGGACUACUAUGGGGUGUUUCCCUUGAGGGGUAAAUUGCUGAACGUAAGGGAAGCUACGCACAAGCAAAUUUUAGAAAACGCAGAAAUAAACAAUCUGAUCAAGAUAUUGGGUCUCCAAUACAAGAAGAAGUACACAUCCGAAGAAGAUAUGAAAACCUUGAGAUAUGGAAAGGUUAUGAUCAUGACGGAUCAAGAUCAAGAUGGUUCCCAUAUUAAGGGAUUAUUAAUUAAUUUCAUCCAUCACAACUGGCCCGAUCUGUUGCAUAUGAACUUUUUAGAGGAAUUCAUCACUCCAAUUGUUAAGGCAACGAAGAAGAAUGAAGAGCACAGUUUUUACUCCUUGCCAGAAUUCGAAGAAUGGAGGAACAAUACCCCAAAUCAUCACACCUACAAUAUAAAGUACUACAAAGGUUUGGGUACCUCCACAUCCAAGGAGGCUAAAGAAUAUUUCACAAACAUGGCCCGUCAUCGCAUCAGGUUCAGAUACGACGGUCAAACCGAUGACGACCAUAUCAUGUUAGCGUUCAGCAAAAAACACAUUGAUCACAGGAAGGAGUGGCUCACGAACUUCAUGGUGGAGAGUCGAAGGAGAAAAGAGCUCGGUCUCGCAGAAAAAUACCUGUACCAGAAGGAUACGAAAUACAUCACGUAUACCGAUUUCGUCAACCUAGAAUUGGUAUUAUUCUCCAAUGCGGACAACAUCAGAUCCAUACCGUCCAUGGUGGACGGUUUGAAGCCCGGCCAGAGGAAGGUUGUAUUCACGUGUAUAAAACGUAACGACAAGAGGGAAGUGAAAGUUGCCCAGCUCGCCGGUUCUGUCGCGGAGAUGUCGGCCUAUCAUCACGGUGAAGUUUCCCUCUGUAUGACGAUCGUCAACUUGGCGCAGAAUUUCGUCGGAAGCAAUAAUAUCAACCUCCUAGAGCCGAGGGGUCAGUUUGGUACUCGAUUGGCUGGCGGUAAAGAUUCAGCCAGUCCCAGGUAUAUUUUCACGAAAAUGUCUCCGUUAACGCGGUUGUUAUUUCAUCCCGCCGACGACGCUAUUCUAAAACAUGAAUACGAUGACAAUCAAAAAAUCGAGCCUGUUUGGUAUAUGCCCAUUAUUCCUAUGGUGUUGGUGAAUGGGGCAGACGGUAUAGGAACCGGUUGGAUGACGAAAAUCCCCAAUUUCAAUCCGAGAGAUAUCGUCGAAAACCUGAAGAGGAUGAUAGCGGGAGAAAAACCGAAACCCCUCAAACCCUGGUAUAAAAAUUUCAAGGGAACCAUCGAUGAUUGUGGAGAUCAAAGAUUCGUCGUUAAUGGCGAAAUAUCCAUUAUAGGAAAUAAUAAGUUGGAGAUAACCGAGUUGCCUGUACAUACAUGGACACAGAAUUACAAAGAGUCUGUGUUGGAGACCUUACUUCACGGCUCGGAAAAAGUUAAAUCAGUAAUCUCAGAUUAUAAAGAAUAUAAUACUGACACAACCAUCAGAUUUGUUGUAACCGUUACCCCUGAACAGCUUCAGCAUUUGGAGAAAGAAGGCUUGCAUAAGGUGUUCAAAUUGCAGAACAUCAUUAAUAUGGGUUCGAUGUGUGCGUUUGACGACUUAGGAUGCCUGAAAAAGUACGAAUCAGUUAUGACAAUCUUGGAAGAAUUCUACACAUUACGAAUGAGAAUGUACCAGAAAAGGAAGGAUUUCCUGGAAGGUAUGCUCGGAGCAGAGGUUGCUAAAUUGAGCAACCAGGCUCGUUUCAUUUUGGAAAAAUGUAACGGCCAACUGACUGUCGAAAAUAAGAAACGAAAAGUCCUGAUAGAGGAGCUGAUCAGUAGAGGUUACGAACCAGAUCCUGUUAAGGAAUGGAAACAAAAGAGCACCGCCGGUGACGAUGGGGAAGAAAGCCAAAACGAUGAUCCUGAGGAAGAAGAAGAGAGCACGAGUAGCAAAAAUAAAAAACCAGUUGAUCCCGAAAAAGCGUUCCAAAAUCUCACGGACGUAAAGAAGUUCGACUAUUUGCUUGGAAUGUCCAUGUGGAUGUUGACCGAAGAAAGAAAAAAUGAAUUGUUGCGACAGAGGGACAACAAAGUGCACGAGCUCAAUAUUUUGAAAUCUAAAACUAAUGCCGAUCUCUGGUCGGAUGACCUGAAUCAGUUCUUGGAAAAAUUAGACGAAAUUGAAGAGAAGGAGAGAAAAGAAGAAGCUGGGACCAACGCUAAAGAUGCAAAGAAAGUAGUUGGCAAGAAGAAGAUAAAUCUGCAAGAAACCAUGCCGUCCCCUAUGGGCAGAAGAGUCGCACCAGUGAUCACUGAUGAUCUGAAAAAGAAGAUACAAGCUGCCAUCAAGAGCAAGGAGACCAGGAGUAAGAAGGGCACGAAGAAGGAAAAUAUCGCUAGUGCUGACGAAGACGAAUUCGAUGCUUUAGUCCAAAAUUCAAACAAAAAUUUGAAGGAGAAGCUUGGCACCCCCGAAAGCAUUGAAACUAAAUUGAAGAAAGGUAACCUCAAACAAACCAAGUUGAACUUCAAUAAGAAGGCUAACGGCUCACCGAAAAAAAAGAAGAUUGUCGACGACUCUGACGCUUCCCUUGAAAUUGAAUCAGGGAGCGAGGUAGAAUUCACUACACCUCCUAUAGUAUCAGACCGGUCGAGAAGUCAAAGGAAUUCUGCCAAAAAGAUCAAAUACGACCUUGAUUCGGAGGAGGAUAACGACAAUGAAGAUUUGGAAUUACAUGAAAACGAGGCCAUUAAAGAAUACGAUGGCCCGAUUCUUACAAAGACUUUAAGUUCUGAUAGUGAAAGCGACGCACCUCCACCUCGUAACGAAACUUCCGAGGACAUGUUCGAUAGUUUGAUUGGUAAAAAACCAGCUUGGCAGAGUAGGGAAGAAAACAAUGAUGUUGAGGAGGAAAGAAAUGCAUCCAAAAGAAAAUCUAUCAGCGGAAGUGAAAGUGAUAAUGAAACUAAAUCUACAAAUAAGAAGAAAAAGGUAGAACAGGUUCAGAAAAGAGUAGCUUCGAAAAAGAAAACAGAAGCUGUAGACCUAGAUUUUGUUAUAGAUGUUGAGCCCAAGAAAACUAAAUCCAAAAAUAAUCAUGAAUCCGAUUCGGAAUUAAGUUUUGAUGAUAAUCCGAAGAAAAAAGGUUCGGGAAAAAAGAAGGCUGAUUCUGGUUCUGAGAGUGACCUUGGUAAGAAAUCAGUAAAACCAAAAAAUCAGAAGAAAAAGGCAACGAAAAAAAUAACAAUUGAUUCAGAUUCAGAAGACGAACCUCUAGGCAAUAAAAAGAAAAAGAAAGGACCAGCAAAGGGUAAAAAAACAACUAAGAAAACUUCAGAUUCAGAAGACGACUUUGGUUCUAAAAAGAAGAAGACCAAAAGGAAAAAUGAUUCAGACGAUACAGACUUUAGUGAUAAUGAUGAUUAUGUUCCCCCUUCCAAAACCACGAGUCGAACAGCAAGAGCGGCAGCUCCAAAAAAAUAUGUGUUCUCUGAUGAGGAUGAUUGAGAAUCUCAAUUAAUUUUAUUAAUAUAAGUUUUCUAUUUA